ACUCCUUGGCUGCACCAAAGCAACCCAAGCCGAACCACCAACCUCGCGAUUUCCAGCCUUCGCCUUUCCAGACCUCACUAAAACAUGAAUCAGUUCCUGACAUUGUCGGUGUAGAUUCUCAUUCCUUUCACUCUCUACACGCUAUUUUCAUGUCUUGUUCGUAAGACAUUCUCAUUCCAACUUUUUUUUUGUUCUUGGUGUUCUUUCACCGCAUUUCACCCGCCUCGCAUGAUGGCUACCAUGGCGGCUCCCCAUCAGCCAAGAUACAACCUGGAAGACCCGGGCUAUCCAGUUGAGCCUCGCACUGCUCGCGACGCCCGCGAGGCAGCUCGUGCUGCGCGAAAUGGCCAGAGCCCGAGAUACAGACGCACUCAAUCGCCCGAGCAGCUCGAUGACUUCCGCCCUCAGAGUGAAGAGUUCGACAUGCGGUCACCCACCUCUGACGUGGCACUCCAAGACGCCAUGCUAGCACAAGCACAACAGCAGCAGCAGCGUGUUGUUCCGGUUGGUCAGGUUUCCCGUAAUGCUGGGCAGCGAAGACAACCGCCGCCUGGUCAAGGUCCAAACAACAAUGCUCCCAGAGGUCCAGGUCCAGGUCCUCAGCAACCAAUGCCUCCAACUUACCCUGGCGGAAUGGACGGCGGUCCUCAGCAGCAGCAGCCCAAUGGGCCCAGAGACGGUCGCUACAGACGACAAUCGCGCCGCGCUUCGGAGUCUGAACCCCGACCUCAUGGAGAGUCACCUCCCCGAAAUGGGCCAAACACCCAACAGAGCCGUGUUUCUCAAUCCAUGGCCUCAGAGCAGCAUCAGCAGCGUCGCGCGCCUUCACCAGACCGUCUAGCAGUUCCCGGCAAUGACAUCAACCGUCUCAACAGUCCCUCCAUUCAAAAGAGCGUUCUUCUUCCUCUUGAGCAGAAGAUCCACGAGUAUGACCAUCUCAUGGGUGAGGCUCAAGCCCAAAUGAACCAACUCGACGAUGAGAUCCGCGCUCUUCAGGAACGACGUCGCCAAGCCGAGGACCGCUUCAUUGAAGCCAAGUCCAAGCAUGAUGACUAUUCACGUCAACAUGAUCAAGUAGGCAAAGCUCUCCGCGGAGAGCUCGUACAGCAGGCCCCCCCACCACCCGCCGUCCGUCAGCCUGUUCAGCGCAUGGAGAGCAUCGACAGUUUCGAACAUCGACCGAUCAGCGCGCAGAGCUCUUUUCAUCAAAAGCCUAAGAAGGGGGGCUUGCGGAUGAGCUUGUUCAAUCGAAGCAAUUGACUAGACAAGGGUUGCUUAUGAAGUUAUGCGUUAAUGACUGGGAUAUUGCUGGAUAUGGGAAAAUGACUUGAUUUGUUUAGUUUUUCGAAACUUCUUGGUCGUCCGCGAAAAAGGACUUUUAGCUUAUUUGUUUAAUAUGCUUGGAUGUACAUAGAUUGAGAUUGAGGAGGUAAUUUCGCAUAUGAACAUUCGAUACAUCAAAAGAUCCUGCUUUCCAAUGACUUUAGGGUUGGUUGUUUUUGAAUCUCAACGAUGACGUCAG